UGCACGGCCGGUCGCUGGUCGUCGGAUACGUUGGCAUGUGGUUCGCCUGGCCAUUCUCAGUCUCGGGUAAGUGAUCGAUCAAUGUCGCUCUCUUUCAACUUAGCUAACGAAAGCUAGUCUCAGGAGAUGGACUGCACCCUCCAAUGUGGUCCGCACACGACAGAGAACAGCAAGCACGUCCAAGCCCGCACAAUCUCUAGUGCACUUGACCUCGUCCCAGUCGGGCAGGUCUCUCCAGUCGGCGGUGACACUUCAGCUGUUCCCUACGCGCAUGGCUAUUGCAGCUUCAAAAUGCAGCUUAGCAAUCAAUGCAUCCACACUCCCGAACAGGGAUGGCACAGCCAGAUGCUUGGGAUGCUCUACAGCAUUGAAGACAAUGACCGCAAGACCGCGGUAAUGUACCCCAACGGCGUCGGCCGUAUCGAUCAAGGAGCCAUCAGGCUAUUGGGCAUGGGAGACUUUCGCCUGGCUUACAGCAAUGACGACAAGCAGGUCUACUUUGCCUUCAAUGGCGGCUGGUGGGCCACAAACACCAAGGAUGAUGGUCAUGCGUUCGGUCUGUGCAGUUGGAACCCCUGGACGAAGCCUGACUUGGUCUGCAUUCCGGAGCACGGCGUACACUACCGCCUUUCCGAUAUGACUUGUAUCUUCAAAUGCUAGAUGGUCGGAAGAGUAGGAACUGCGAUGCGCUAGAUGGAGAUCGUCAGCAGAACAAUAUGGUACAUGA